AUGCUCAACAACCAUGGCAAAACCAGCAUCGCAGUGAUAGUCUUCUACAUCCCCGCGACCAUCCUCUCAGCAUACCUUGCAUGCUACCGACACAAACGCCCUCGCCUGUCAUGGAACAUUCUCCUCUUUUUCUCCACCAUCCGUCUCGCCUCAGCCAUCCUGGUCAUCCUAUACGAGCGAACCCCCAGCACCGGCCUUAUGGUCGCUUCAAUCAUCCUGCUCAACACGGGCGUGUUCCCCUUAGUCGCCGCCACCAUGGGAUUCCUUCGAAUCAUCCUAUCCCACGAACAAAAAGUACACGUCCGAAUCGGGCAAUCCCUCCUCUUCUCGCGUAUCCUGUUCUUCGUCGGCCUCGGCCUGCAAAUCGCCGGCGGAUGUCUCGAGGGCAGCGACAGCGUCAGCAACGUCGAGACUGGCCUCAGGCUCGUCAAAGCGGGAUACAGCUGCGUGGUGGUCUUCGUGGCGUGCUUGCUAGCUGUGCAGGGCUAUCUCUGGGUUCAUCGGGAGGAGGUCUCGCGUAUGAGUCUGAGUAUCCUCCAGGCCUUGGCUGCAGCCCUGCCGUUUAUUAUUGUGCGCAUCACGUACCUCUUCCUAUCGGUUGUGGAUGCGUCCGACCUGCGCUGGAAUGAUCUGGUUGGACCGGUUGCGCCGUUCCUGGUUAUGGGGUUGUUGAUGGAGUGUAUUGUUGUUUGUGUUUAUCUUGCGACGGGGUUUGUUAUUCCGGAUUGGAAGAGUUUGCGUGGGAGGAGGGUGGUUUCUUCUUCAGGGGUUCCGUUGGUGGAGGAGUGUUGA